CUCUGUUCCUAUGGCUUCUUCUUCAUGCCGUCAAAAUCUGAUAUGCGAGAACCUCGACGUUUCCUUUUCUCUUUACUCCAGAUCCUGUUUUGCUUUAUUUUUUCUCUAGAUCCCCUUUUGCUCGAUCGAAUCGUGAGACCCUUUGCUUUACCUCCCCUCUUUCCGUUUCACGAUCUCAUCAAUCAAUACGUUCCACACUUCCUUUCUCCAUUUAAUCUGAUUUAUGGAUUAUCUCAUCCUUUCGCGUUCUGAAUCCAUUUAUAAAACUCUUAUUCCGAGUUUUAUUUCGAUCGAACUUGAUUAUCGCGAUGAGUUCGAACGGAAAACUGACGUUGUCCGGUGAUCUGAAUUCGAAGAAACAAAGAGGCGUUGGGGCUGACUCCUUUCCCGGUGGCUCUUCGGGCAUCUCAAUCGGCGAUCCCCAUUCGAAAAAAUCCAAAGGCGAUGCGUCUGUCUCUUCUCCCGGUCUGAACAAACCCAUCGGCGCGACGGGUGACUCUUCCGGCGUCCCCACCGGCGUAUCUAAUUUGAAGAAACCUAAUGGUCCGAUAGUUGAAAGGGCGAAGUCAGUUGUAUCCUCCGGCGUUAGGGGCAAAGCCGCUGUCUCCUCUGACGUCAGGGGUAAAGCUAUUGUCUCCGUCAAUGUUAGGGAAGUGAUGUUCUUCAAAGAUGUGAAUUUCGGUCCUCAUGAAGGCGAGGUGAGGUUUCGGUUGAUCCACUUUUGGGAAGCUCGAAAUGUUCUGACGAAGCUUCUUUUCGGUCUCGAGAUGCUUCUCAUCGACGAAGAGGGCACUGUUAUACAGGGCUUCAUCCCAUCUGCACGGAUUGAAACCUACUUGCCACACAUGAAAGCGGGUGGCAUUUACAGACUCAACAAUUUUUUCGGGUCUAGAAAUAAGACUCUGUACCGAGUAGCUGAGCCAAGUGUCGUUAUCACCUUCUCAUCAACAUCCGCUCUCUCUGUUCUGGAGAACAGUCCGGUCUGUUUCCCUGAUGACCGUUUCCGAUUCCAUGGAUAUGAAGAAUUCGAUGCUGCCUGCGACUUGAAAGGAGAUCUCUAUGAUUAUGUUGGCCACAUCAAGCUUGUGAAUGGGCAGGUUCUCAAUGACAGUCUCGUGCUAGAUGAAUCUGAGAUAGCUUCAACUCGCCGCAUUUUGCUUCAUGUUCAAACACAUGAGUAAGCUAAUACAUAUCUUCUUCUAUUUUCAUAUAUUGUUUCCCUUACCACGCGUGUUUUGGAUGUUGUAGAGGCCCCGUUAUAAAGCUAUACCUGUGGGACAAAGCUGCUUUCGACUUCAGUGAAAAAUUUAAAGCAUCUGGAGGAACUGCAAAAGUUAUUUUAGUCACCACGCUAAACCCGAAACGCUUUGGAGGUUUGUAUAUCAAUUUUUAUUUUAUUGUUAAAGAAAAUACAUAGGAUGGGAGUGAUUCUUAUCUGUGUAGUUUAGCUUUGAUGAAUAGAACUGCAGCCGAUUGGAUUUGUAGUUUAACAGCUUUGAGCGUUUGUAAAGUCUGUGAAGCAUUAGGUGUUGAGUAACUCGAUAGGUUCUGGGUAUCAUAAAUUAUAGAUGUGCAUAGUCUUCAUCUUAAUUUAUUAAGAUUUUGAUCUGUAUUACAUCAUUGGAACUGGUAUAGGUGCCCUAUCUCUAUCUUCCAUGGCCUCAUCACGUGUAUUCAUGGACAGUGAUGUCCAAGCAACCCGAGAUUAUCUUGCUUGGUAAGCAUACUGUUUAACAAAUAUUCAUUGUCUUCCAGAAUAGUAUUUAUGCUUUGACAUUGUCUUCAGGUUGGUCUCAAACUCGGAUGUCGCCAACAGAGUUGAUGCAGACGUUGUCACUAAGACUGAGACAGUGACCAUAGGCGAGCUCUUUUCUUAUAUGAAGCAAGUAGCUGCCAAGGUAGUUUAUUACCAAUGGAUAACACAUUAACUAUGAUAGUCUCUGUUUCUCACUUAAUUUUAAAACUUUUUUUGCAGGUU